AUGUCCUCAGAAGAAGGCAAACUUUUCGUGGGAGGGCUCAAUUUCAACACGGAUGAACAAGCCUUGGAAGAUCACUUCAGUAGCUUUGGGCCUAUCGCUGAAGUGGUGGUGGUGAAGGACCGAGAGACUCAGCGAUCUCGGGGUUUUGGUUUUAUCACUUUCGCCAAUCCAGAACAUGCUUCAGAUGCCAUGCGAGCCAUGAAUGGAGAGGGGGUGGAGGGCAGCGGCAGACAGAACCGGGCUGCUUGGGAGGCGACGACUGGUCCUGCAUGA